CUUUGUCCUCACCGUCGGCUCCAGGCUGUCUGAGGAAGGUGUGAAUUAAGACUGAAAACUGGCCAAACUGGUUUCAGCUUGGCCCCAAGUAUUUACAACCCACUGUUUGGUCCUCACUGGGGAGUCUACCCCAACACUGUUGAACAUGUGAAAUUUCCUUUACUAAAUAAAACAGUCCUUUCCCUGCAAGUUCUUCCAUAGAAAAGGAAAGUGUUCUUACGGGGCAGAUUGCAAUUUCUCCCAUGAUCCACUUAAUGAGACCACUAGCCGACUGUUCGAGGAGGUAUUAAAACGGGACAAGGACCUCUAUGAACUUUCAAAAAUAGACGAGCAGAAGUCGUCAGGACAACCAGCUAACACAGACGAGACUGAAGUUACAGAGUCAAAGAAAACCCCUGAUGUACUACAACCACUCAGGCCUAUAUUUUACAACAGUGGAGAACCAAAGACCGAGCAGGAAACUUUGUUAUGCAAGACUGAAGAACAGCGUGAAAUCCAGGAGACAGCUGUCCCACCAGAAGCAUCAGAUAGUGUCCGUCCUCACAGCCCCCUGUCCACUCAGCUUAAUCACCAGGAGCCAGUUUGUUAUUCAGUCGAAGCGGUGCUCAGACCUCAGCUAUUCAAACCAUUCGCUAGUUUCUUUACAACUCCUGGAAGUCAAGACUAUGCAUCUCUCUCUGGUCCACAGAAUUCCUCUGAUUGCCCUUCAGGCUCUGCAGACCAAAGCAAAGCUCCCUACUCUGUUGAUGUUGUCAGGUCUUGUAAAUCGGACGCAAGUUUUAUCGUUGGCCACAUAUCUUCCCCUCCUACUGCACAGUAUGUAUCAUAUACUCCAAAAACUGACGGCGAACAUCGCACUGAUCCUCUGCUGAGCUCAAAAACUGACAAGGACUUGUAUUCUACGAAAACCAGCAAUGAAGCAAAUAAAUCCCAGGAGAAAAAGUUCAAGUGCCUGCCAUCCUUCCACACAUACUCUGACCUUAAAUCAAAGACAUGUCCUGAUCUUACUGUGGCCAGUGGGGAUGACAAGAAACACGUUGGGGAAGUAGCUGCAUCCUUGAAACCUGCUCAAAGAGCUUCCUAUGAAGUUAAGUCGGAGUUGUUCUACCCUCCGGCCACAGAUGCAGAGAAGUCUGUGUUGUCCUAUAGAAAAGGAGAUUUGCAAAGAAAUUCCCACCUGCCUGUGAAAAUUUUACAUUCUGUGAACUGUAAAAGUGUUGGUGGUUUUCCUUUUGCACCAACUAAUCUGAAAAGCCGGACAUUUAAUCCUCCACAGAUGCAGCCAUAUCUCUCUGGGCUGGCGUCUAAAUCACGAGCCUCAGCAAAGCCUCUUCGUCCUACUUCAGGUUUCUCAGUGUUUAAAGAUGGAGCUGCUGUUCCCGCUGAACCUGUCACCAGCUCCGCCGAGACAAAUAAUGCUGGAAACUCUGACGUUUGUCAUCUUCGAGCAAAACCACCCACUGAGACCCAUGAGCCCUCCAAACAACUACAACUCAUCCUGGAACCCGGCACACAGCAACCUAAUUCCUUUGAGGCCACAGCAGAGUGCAGCAGCAACAUGGAACAUUGUGGCGAUUCUUCAUUUGGACGUAGUAAGACAUUCUGUAGCCUGUUUGCAAGCCCCAUCAAUGACAGCCAGAAGCUCACUCCAGAUUUUGGGACAACCUCCGCUCCUCUUCAAUCGUCUCGCUCUGCUCCGCUGUCCGCACAUUCCAGGAGUGAAGAUUAUCUUAAAACUGUGGCUGAACCUGACCAGGUCUUUGCCAGGUCCUUCCUCGGACUUUUCUCUGCCCCUCUCAGUGCUGCUCCUCUGCGAUGCAAGGCGACUCAGCCAGAUUAUUCAAGGACGGCCCCCUGUACACAAGAGUCAAACCAGUUGUCUGAUAACGUGACUCAUUCAUCAGACUCUAAUCAAAGAGCUUCCAAUGCAGAGACGCAUGUUCCACGUCUGAUCAAAACUUCUCACAGACAAGCAUCUCCUAAGUUCUCUCCUCGUUUGAAUAAUGAAAAUGAUUUGUCUGAGGCUGUGAGUCAACCUACAAAGCAUCAGGUGAAUCCCGCCUGUCGUGAGAUCUCUUCCAGUCGGACUCCUUGUGGUGACAGAGCAGGAUCAUCCACAACCCAGACCCAUCAUCACCUGCCCGAAAUCUCAUUGCCCAAAGUUGGAGCCACUUCUAAUUCAGUUCUGAAGACUCUCUUUCUGGGUCUGAGUCCAUUUGAAGAGGGUGGAGAGAAACGGCACAGUGCUCACAUCAGUCUACUUUCAGAAAGUGUACAGAAGGAUCAGAGCAGCACGGGGGAUGUCUUUGUUCAGCCACAACAGAAGAGGAAAAAAAAGAGAAGAAAGAAAAAGACUCCGUAUUCUCAGCAACAGUCCACUGAGAAGAGUGUUGCCCACUCCACAGAGCAUCAGCCCUCUUCUCAGACCUCUCUCUUCUCUGUGGAUGCAACAGUCGGGUCGACCUUCAGUCCUCCAGCUAGGACGGAGCCCCAGGUCAGAAACUCUGGGAGACACAACUCACCAUUCAAACCUGUUACGCAACUGACGCAGCAUCACGUCCAACCGAGACUGAAGAACAAUUCAGAGGAAGGAAAGUGGGGAAAUGGGAAAGAAUCGAUCACACCAUUCAAAGACCUUUUUAAGUCUUUAGAUACCACUGUUUUCAACCUCGGGCACUAACAUCGGACUUACUUUUGUUUUAUCUUUCUAACAAUCUUGAAAAUCUAAAUCAUUUAUUCUUCUAGCACCAAUGUUGAAACAGCGAAACUGAAUGUAGUUAGAAUCUGAGUCAAAGCCCAGGCUUCUGAUCUCUAUAACCUGUAUGUGUUAACAUUUUAUUUGGAUGUUUUAGUGUGAAAAUCAAACCUGUUUACUUAUCAUACAUAUGUUUGCCAAAGGUUUUGAUUGAAUCAUAUUAGUGUAUCCAAACAAUAUUGCUGCUACGUUCGUAUUUAUUACAAGUUUAUUAGGUACAUUUACUUUUUAAAAUACAAGCGCCCUGAUAUGCUGGUAAAUGUGAGUAUGUAAUGCAUUUGUUUACAUUCUCCCUUAAUCUGUGGUCAGUCCUGGUCACCCUGUUUAUAAGAGGUACACAUGUUUAAUCUUGUGUUAAAUUUCAAAUUUACAAGCUUCUUAUGCAUAAGUUAUUCGAAAUUAUACGACUGAAAUUAAUUUAUUCUACAGUGGUUUGCCAUAUAUAAAGUUUUGUGCCACAAAUCUUAUUUUUGUUCAGUAUAGAUAAAAUAUUGGAAGAUAAGAUACUAAAGACUUAAUUAGUUCUAUUAUAUUUGAAGCUUCUGAUGUAAAACAGUAAUAUUUAGACACUGGUUUAUUAAGCCAAAUAAAAUAAAAAAUUGUUUUUUUCUCAUUGCUGUAAAGUAUGUAAAUUACAACUUGAAUAAUGAGUACCAUUUAUCAAUACUCGACCACAAACGUUGUUUGCUGUGCAUAUAUGUACGAUAUUUGUAUGAUGCAUGCUUAUUAAAAUGAUUUCUUAACAGGAA